CACCUGGAGUAGCCUGCUUCACAUUGUUAACGUUGAUUUCUCCCGUUCCAGCCAGCAUUUGUCUUCCGUGAGCCAAACCUGGGUCACCGCCUCCCGCAAAACGCCUGAAAUCUCGGCUUCAUUUGGCAGCGGGACACACACCGGCACAACAGAGCCACAGCAAUGAGGAAGACCGGUGUCCGGGUCCCCGGCCCGACCGGAGCCUGGUAGGGAUGGUGCCGCUGUGAGAAGCCGUUCAGAGACGCCAAGAGGACCGGGAGUGCCUGGACAACAUGACUGUUUUCAACCCGGACAAUGUGGAGGAAUUUUACGAAAUUGGAGAUGAGCUGGGCAGCGGUCAGUUCGCCGUGGUCAGACGAUGUCGGCACAGGAGAACCGGCACGGAGUACGCCGCCAAAUUCAUCAAGAAGCGGCGCAACAAGUCGGGUCGGCGCGGCGUGGCGAAGGAAGACAUCGAGCGAGAGGUGACCAUCCUGAAGGAGAUCCAGCACCCGAACGUCAUCACCCUGCAUGAAGUGUUUGAGAGCAAAGCCGAGGUCAUCCUCAUCCUGGAACUUGUUGCUGGCGGUGAGCUCUUUGACUUCCUGGCAGAGAAGGAGUCUCUGAGCGAAGAGGAGGCCACUCAGUUCCUGAAGCAGAUCCUGGACGGAGUUCUCUACCUGCACUCCAAGCAGAUCGCUCACUUCGACCUGAAGCCGGAGAACAUCAUGCUGCUGAACCGCUCAGUGCCUCACCCGCGCAUCAAGCUCAUCGACUUCGGACUAGCGCACAAGAUCGACUUUGGAAAUGAUUUCAAGAACAUUUUUGGGACUCCAGAGUUUGUAGCUCCAGAAGUAGUGAACUAUGAACCUUUGGGCCUGGAGGCGGACAUGUGGAGCAUCGGGGUUAUAACCUACAUCCUGCUGAGUGGUGCUUCUCCCUUCCUGGGCGAAAACAAGCAGGAGACUCUGGCCAACGUGUCGGCCGUCGAUUACACGUUCGACGAAGAGUUCUUCAGCAACACCAGCGCUCUGGCCAAAGACUUCAUUAAGAGGCUUCUUAUCAAAGAUCCAAAAAAGAGAAUGACGAUUCAGGACACCCUCCAGCACCCCUGGAUCAAGCCAAAAGACACUCAGCAAGCACUGAGCAGGAAGGAGUCGGCCGUCAACAUGGAGAAGUUUAAGAAGUUUGCAGCUCGAAGGAAAUGGAAACAAUCCGUCCGACUCAUCUCCUUAUGUAACCGCCUGUCGCGCUCCUUCCUGUCCAGGAGCAACAUCAGCGUGGCGCGCAGCGACGACACGCUGGACGAGGAAGACUCCUUUGUGAUGAAGGCCAUCAUCCACGCCAUAAACGACGACAACGUUCCCGGGCUGCAGCAUCUGCUCGGCUCUUUGAACAGCUACGACGUCAACCAGCCCAACAAGCAUGGGACUCCUCCGCUGCUGAUUGCCGCCGGCUGCGGCAACAUUCAGAUCAUCGAGGUGUUGAUGAGAAAAGGUGCAGAAAUCCAGGCUAACGACAAGAGCGGAGCCAACGCCGUGUAUUACGCAGCCCGACACGGACACGUCGACACCCUGAGGUUCCUCCACGAGAAGAAAUGCCCUCUGGACGUCCAGGAUAAGUCUGGAGAAACGGCUCUUCAUGUGGCGGCUCGCUACGGCAACGUGGAUGUGGUGAGCUACCUGUGUAGCAUCCGGGCCAAUCCAGACCUGACGGACCGGGAGCAGGAGACGCCGCUGCACUGCGCCGCGUGGCACGGCUACUCCGCUGUAGCCAGAGCGCUCUGCCAGGCCGGCUGCCAUGUGGACGCCAAGAACCGUGAGGGGGAGAGUCCGCUGCUGACGGCGUCGGCCCGCGGCUUCGUGGACAUCGUGGAGUGCUUGGUGGAGCACAAGGCGGACCUGGAGGCCACGGACAAGGACGGCCACACGGCGCUCCACCUGGCGGUUCGGCGCUGUCAGGUCGAAGUCGUCCGCUGCCUCCUCAGGCAGCGCUGCCCCCUGGACCAGCAGGAUCGCCAUGGCAACACGCCGCUCCACAUCGCCUGCAAGGACGGAAAUCUGGCGGUCGUCACGGCGAUGUGCAGCGCCAAGGCGAGCCUGGACCUGCCCAACAAGCAUGGACGGACUCCUCUCCACCUGGCUGCCGGAAACGGGAGCCUGGAGGUCGUCCGCCAUCUUUGUCUGGCCGGAGCAAACAUCGACGCCGUCACAAACGAUGGAAAAACAGCCGAGGAUUUGGCUUCUGCUGAUCAUCAUGAACACAUCGUGGAUUUAUUGGGAAAACUUAAGAAGGACAACCACAAACUGAGCUACAUCCAGCAGCUGCGCCCCACCCAGACCAUCCAGCCCAGGAUCAAACUCAAGCUGUUCGGACACUCCGGGUCCGGGAAGAGCACGCUGCUGGAGUCGCUGAAAUGCGGCAUCCUGCGCAGCUUCUUCAGGAGGCGCAGGACGACGCGCUUGACCAACUCAGCGCGACUCCCCAACUCCCCCGUCAACUCCAAGCCUGCAGUCUCUGUGAGCAUCUCCAACCUUUACCCCGGCUGUGAGAAUGUGAGCGUGCGCAGUCGCAGCAUGAUGUUUGAGCCCAGCCUGACCAAAGGCGUGCUGGAGGUUUUCUCCCCCGUCCACAGCGCGCUGUCGGCGGCGGACGACCAGGCCACCAAGGCCAUCGACAUCCAGCACGCCAACAUCCACGGUGUUGGUGAUUUCAGCGUUUGGGAGUUCUCAGGAAACCCCGUCUACCACUGCUCCUACGACUACUUUGCAGCCAACGACGUGACGGCGAUCCACCUGGUGCUGUUCAGCCUGGAGGAGCCGUACGAGACGCAGCUGGGCCACAUCACCUACUGGCUGAACCUGCUGAAGGCCCUCACCCCGCCGCAGGACAACAUCGUUUUCGGAGGCCGGAUCCAGCAGCCGCUGCCGGUCGUCCUGGUGGCGACGCACGCCGACCUGGCCGACAUCACCAGGGCGUUCUCUGGAGAGUUCAGCUACGACAAAGAGCGAGCGCUGCUCAAGGAAGUCAGGAACAGGUUUGGGAACGAUCUGCAGAUCAGCGACAAACUGUUUGUGAUGGACGCCGGAGCAUCAAACUCCAAAGACCUGAAGCUGCUGAGGAGUCACCUGCAGGAGCUGCGCACCAGCAUCAUCUCUAGGUGCGGUCCGAUGACGCAGCUGUCGGAGCGCCUGCUGGCCGCGCUGCCGUCCUGGAGGAAGCUGAGCGGGCCGAACCAGCUGACGUCAUGGCAACAGUUUGUCAGCGACGUCCAGGAGCAGAUCAACCCGCUGGUCAGCCAGGACCACCUCCGGACUCUGGCCAUGCAGCUGCACAGCAUGGGGGAGAUCAACAUCAUGCAGAGCGAGACGGUGCAGGACGUCGUCGUGCUCGAGCCUCGCUGGCUCUGCACCAACGUCCUCGGUAAGCUGCUGUCCGUGGAAACACCCAAGGCCAUCCACCACUACAGGGGGCGCUACAGGCUGGAGGAGGUGCAGGCGCUGGCGCCGGAGAGCGACGUGGAGGAGCUGCUGCAGAUCCUGGACGCCAUGGACGUCUGCGCCCGAGACAUCACCAACCCGUCCAUGGUGGACGUCCCGGCGCUCAUCAAGACCAACGGCCUGCACCGCUCGUGGACGGAGGAGGAGGACGAGGACGCGCUGAUCUACGGCGGCGUGCGGCUCGUCCCCGCCGAGCACCUCACGCCGUUCCCCUGCGGCUUGUUCCACAAGCUGCAGGUCAACCUGUGCCGCUGGAGCCACCAGCAGAAACCCGAGGAGGACGGCGCCGACGACUCGGACGGAGACAUUCACCUGUGGACCAACGGCGCCAAGGUGAGCCAGGUGGGGGCGGAGGCCAUGAUCCUGCUGGUGAACCACGGCCAGGGCGUGGAGAUCCAGGUGCGCGGCCACGAGUCUCAGCGGGCCAAGUGCUACGCCCUGCUGGACACCGUGUGCAGCAUCACGGAGAACCUGCUGGCCUCCACACUGCCGGGCCUGCUCACCGCCCGGUACUACCUGAGCCCGCAGCAGCUGCGGGAGCACCACGCCCCCAUCAUGGUGUACCAGCCCAAAGACUUCUGCCGCGCCCAGAUCCAGCGCGAAACCUCUCUCACCAACACCAUGGGCGGCUAUCGCGAGAGCUUCAGCAGCAUCCUGGCGUUCGGCUGCGCUGAGGUCUACCAGCGCGGCGUUCUGGGGACCGACGUGCACAUCGCCGACGUGCCGCUGCUGGCCCGCAGGAAGCUGUGCCGCAUGCUGGACCCGCCCGACGCGCUGGGCAAGGACUGGUGUCUGCUGGCCAUGAACCUCGGCCUCACCGACCUGGUGGCCAAGCACAGCGGCGGCGGCGCCACAUCGGACGCCGACGCGCAGCCGCUGCCACCCAGCCCCACGGCGGCGCUGCUGCGGGAGUGGAGCGGCAGGGCCGGCAGCAAGGUCGGCGUCCUGAUGAUCAAACUGCGGGAGCUGGGGCGCCGGGACGCGGCGGACUUCCUGCUCAAAGCGUCGCCGGUGUUCAGGGUCAACAUGGAGGCGCUGAGCGGCGCGCCCAACGGAUACCCGCCCACCUGCAACGGCGGCACGUCGUACAACUCAAUCAGCUCCGUCAUUUCGCGCUGACGAGCCAAUCAUGAGGAGCUGCUCGCCGUUUCCCAACAUCCUGUACAGCCGACCCCUCCCCUCCUCUACACUGCAAAAACACAAAACCUGAAGAAACACAAACUCUGACCAGAUAUUUCUAAUUUCUACUGCAGAUAUCUUUAUAAACUAAAAUAAGACAAAACUAACUGAAAAGAAACUUUUCAUCCAGAUACUGCAGCUGGUUUCACUCAACAACUCCUUGAUGUUGAUGAAAUUGUUCCAGUUCCACUUGCAGAUUAUUUCACAUAUAACAACACAUUUUCACAAUUAGUCUUUUUGUUGUUGUUGAAAACAGAGAAAAUAGAGUUUUAUCUCAACAAUGCAUUAAAUUAGUGUCUGUUAAAUUGUAUGAUUUUAUAACUCAGGCUGUAAAUCCAUGAAAUCAGCAGCAUGAUAAAUUUUCACUGCAAAACACAAAAUCAAAUAUUUUCUAAUUUCUAGUGCCAAUAUCUUAGUAAAGUAAGACAAAAUAAGUCAAAAGUAACUUUUCAGCAGCAAAUAAAAUCUAAUUUUAAUUCAUUAAUUUUGAGGAAUAAAUACUAAUUUUAUUAUUUUACUGGAAACAAAACAUUUUUCCCAUUUAGUGAAUAAAAUAAUCUGCCAGUGGAACAAGAGAUUUUUUUCUGAUCUAAAAUAUCUUGUUAUCCUGGCCGAUCAUUUAACUUGUAGGCAUCACUUUUCUAUCAGCAUUAAGUGAUUAUUGAUCUGGAACCAGCUCAUAAUAAGUCACUUUUCCUGCUGAAAAGCGACUUGUUAGUUUUGUCUCUAAGAUAUUUACACCAGAAACUAGACCAAAAAUACUUGGUGAGAUUUUGGUUUUUUGCAGUGUAUGAAUGUCGUUGAAGCUCCAAAGAGGAAUCCUGUGGUUUUAAUCUCAUUGUGCUGCUUAAAGAUAAUAAUAAUAUUAACAAUAAUAAUAAUCCUCCUGUUCUGCUGCAAGUUGAAAUAGGAAAAACUAACCCAGAGAACUCUGCCUGCCCCUGUUUAUGUAGGAGGCCGCCAUCUCUUUUACAUUUAUUAUUAUCUCAGUCGUUUAUUUUUUUCCUUUUGUUAAUCUUUGUGUAUAAUUAAUAAAUUAAGAGUGUUUUUCAGAGUGCCUUCGGGGCCUUCUACCUCCCUAAAAGCACAAACCGUCUUGUUGUUGCGACAGCUGUUCUUUCCAAACAUCUGAAGAACCGUGCCUUGUUCACACUAAAACAGCGAAAUCAAAAGUUUAAACCUCGCCUGUUUAGAUUUAAGGCAGAAAACCCAAAUUAUGAAAAAUCUUAUUUGGAAAAAAGUCAAACAAAAACCUGUUUUUAAGUCAGAUUUAGGAUAGUUUUAGCAGGGAUGUCCCGAUCCAGGUUUUUGUCUCCAAUACUCAUCAGAUUCGAUAAACAAACCCUGAGUUCCAGCGGAUGCUUCAUGGAAAUCAAUAUCAUGCACAUUCAGUAAAAUCAGACAUUUUGCAUCAGUAUUUUAUGGUGGAUCACAGAUGCAACCUCAUGAAUGAUGCAAACUCCAAAACACAGAAACAGAAAAAUAAACAAAUAGAAUCAUUAAACAAAUAUAAAUAAAAACAUGGGAACAAUUGCAAGCAGUAAACUCUUUCCACAAAAUGGACGUCCUCCAGACCACUAGGGGGCGUCGACUAACAAAUCCUAUGGCACCAGGUAAAGAUGGGAUGUUGAUAUUUAUGGUUUUCCACUAGAAAGAAGGAAGAAAAGUUGUUAGACUUUUAGGUGUUUUUUCACUGAGCACAAUUGGGUAUUUAUGUAGGUAAUACUUCCUACUCCAGACUCCCCCUACUGGUCUGGAGGACUUCUGUUUUGUGGAGAAAGUUUGGUGUGUUACAUAUUUGCAGUUUUUGCUACUUGCAACAUUUUGCGUUUGCAUUUGUUUUGCUAAUUGUUGGUUUUGUGGAGGAAGGUUUGUUGCAGCGGUUCUUCUGUUGCAUUUGUGUUUUGGAGUUCGCAUCAUUCAUGUGUUUGCUGCAUGUUUGCACCUGUUGGCCAUCGUAGUAUUUCUUUUUCUUAGUAUUAAAUUAACCAACCGUCUCCCCAAAGUCUUUCCCAGAGUUUUGGUGAAUGCUAACAGAAAUGCGCAGUUUAACUUGUUUAUUUCUGCUGCUGAAAAUGGCUGUUAGCAAAAGCGCUAAGCUAAUGCUAAAAUGUUGACUUUCUGCUGUGAUAUGACUCAUUGAUUGUUUGAUUUAUACCCAAUUUUAUUUGAGUUCUGGUUGAACGUCAUAAAAUGUAAUGACAACUGUUUCAGCUGCUUUCUGCUCUCUGGUUGCACCAGCCAAUACCAUCUCUCUCUUUAUCUAUAAAUUUAAUUCUUAAUGCAAACUGUGAUGAGGUUUUCAAACAAGGUACAUUAAAUUAAGUCGCACAUCAGUUAUCCAAUGAAAAGUUGCGUCUCUGAUCGGGACAUCCCAUAUUUUAAUAAUUCUGGGUGAUUCUGUUUUACAGGUCCCAUAAUUUCCUUCCUUUGGUUUUGAUUAAACUUUCCCCUGAACAAAAUGUUUUUUCAUUUUGGUUGUGUUAACCUGAGCCAACAUCAAUGUUACAGUUCAGAUAAUGGUCUAAUUGCUCUAUAUUAUGUUUUUGCACGGCUUCUAAUAAUUUUCCACAAUGAGAAAUUGAAAAAUGUAUUUUUCUUAAUUUUGUGCUUUGGAGACGUUUUCUUCUGUUACUGUUUGAUCGGAUUGUUUUGAAGCUGCUUUAAUGCUUAAUAUUUGGUUGUUCUGUUACAGUCUGGUUGGGUUUUUAUUCUUUUCAUUGUUACCUGUUUGGAUUCAGUACAGUAACCGGAGGUCCGCUCUCUUUUGUGAGGAAAAAUUAUUUUGUAAAAAAAUAUAUAAUUAUCUUCUGUAGACAUUUUAAAUCUGAACCAACAGCAGAUUAUUUUUCUGAUUUCUUCACUAAAUCAUCCCGGGAAAGAAGAAA